AUGGUGAACCUUAAGAACAUUUUCUUAUCUUUCUUUUUGGUUUUGGCCGUUGGCCUGGCUCUUGUUAAUGCUGAGCCUCGCGGACCCAAGAUUACCAACAAGGUCUACUUCGACAUUCAGCAUGGCGAUGAAAGCCUAGGUCGAAUUGUCCUAGGCCUCUAUGGCAAGACUGUUCCCGAGACGGCUGAGAAUUUCCGUGCUCUUGCUACCGGCGAGAAGGGCUUCGGAUAUGAAGGGUCCAACUUCCACCGGGUGAUCAAAGACUUCAUGAUUCAGGGCGGUGACUUUACCAAGGGUGAUGGCACUGGCGGAAAGUCAAUCUAUGGCGCCAAGUUCAAGGAUGAGAACUUCAAGCUGAGGCACACCAAGACCGGUCUCCUGAGCAUGGCCAACGCCGGCAGGGAUACCAACGGUUCCCAGUUCUUCAUCACCACUGCUGUCACUCCCUGGCUCGACGGCAAGCACGUCGUUUUUGGCGAGGUUCUUGAGGGUUACGACAUUGUCGACAAGAUCCAGAACGUCCCCAAGGGUCGCAGCGAUAAGCCUCUACAGGACGUCAAGAUCGUCAAGAGCGGCGAACUAGAAUUCGAGGCCGAUGCAGCUGAGGAAGGUGACAAGAAAGGUAGCCACAACGAGCUAUAA